AUGGCGUCCUUGUGUUUCGUGCUCCUCUUGUCCGGCCUCUGCGUUCAGUCGUCUGUGGCCUUCCCACCGACACUUAACACGCAGCAUGCUGCUUCGCUGCAGACCCCCGAGCUCACGAAGAGCCAGAGCUCCCAGCUCACUGGGCCCGAGCAUUCGAAGGCUCCUGCUGAGGAACCGGAGCAGGUGAACACCGUCCGAGUGAACUGCCACCCGGACUCAAUGGAGAUCACCAUCCAAGCCGACCUGUUUGGAGUCGGAGCACCUGUUCAAGGGCACGAGUUGCGCCUCGGGGUGGAGAACAAUGCUUACUGUAGAGCUGUGGGCAUUUCACGAGAAGAGUACAGGAUUUUUGUCGGCCUCAUGGACUGCGGCACCAAACACUGGAUGACUGACGACAACCUGGUCUACACAAACCUCCUCAUAUACUCCCCCGAGGCCUCUCCGGACGGGCUGAUUCGAAUGGAGGACGCUGUCGUUCCGAUUGAGUGUCACUAUGACAGGAAGUACAGUUUGUCCAGUUCCUCCCUCACACCGACCUGGAUCCCCUUCAUGUCGACACAAGCUGCAGUGGAGACCCUGGACUUCAACCUGAGAAUCAUGACCAAUGACUGGCUUUAUGAAAGGGGCUCUAACGUGUUUUUCCUAGGCGAGCCCAUCAGCAUCGAGGCCUCGGUCCGAGCUGGACAUCACAUGGGGCUGCGUGUGUUUGUGAGCAGCUGUGUUGCUACACUUGACCCGGACAUUUACUCCAUGCCCAGAUACGUCUUUGUUAAUAACGGUUGCCUGGUUGACUCCCAGCUUCCUGAUUCGAGGUCCCACUUCUUACCCAGGAUGCAAGAUGAUAAGCUCCGCAUGGUCAUUGAUGCCUUUAGGUUUCAAAAUGAGGACAGAGGAGAGCUCUACGUCACCUGUCACCUGAAUGUCGUACCGGUCAAUAACGCAGAAGCGCUGAAUAAGGCCUGCACUCUUAUAAACGGAAGAUGGCGCUCAGUUGACAGUAAUGACUUCCUAUGUGGACAAUGUCAAACCCCAAAUGAAGCUGGCCAAACCCUCGGUAAGCCGAGCAGCCCCGGCAAGUAUAGUCCCCGUGGGUUUGGGAAGCCAACUGAACCUAAACCCUCAUGGAGAAGUCCACUGAAGGCCAAUAUAGUGUGGGAACAGGAGGCAAGUGUGGGUCCAAUGCUGGUCUUACCUGCUAAACCCAGGAGUGGGCCUCUCCCUGUGGAAGAUCUCCCUCCUGUUCUCAAUCAAAUCAGCAGACCUUCCCUCUACAGCAGCCGGUGGAGUGACCGACAGAAGAAUCUGAAGCCGCUCUGUGGUCCAUCUACACCAGACCUGGUGGAGGAAGGAGAAGACAAAAUUGGAACAGUGUGGGAACAGGAGGCAAGUGUGGGUCCAAUGCUGGUCUUACCUGCUAAACCCAGGAGUGGGCCUCUCCCUGUGGAAGAUCUCCCUCCUGUUCUCAAUCAAAUCAGCAGACCUUCCCUCUACAGCAGCCGGUGGAGUGACCGACAGAAGAAUCUGAAGCCGCUCCGUGGUCCAUCUACACCAGACCUGGUGGAGGAAGGAGAAGACAAAAUUGGAACAGAUGGAGAUGAAGAAAAUGAGAUGGCACCUCUAGAAAGGAUUGCUCCUGAGAUCACGAUGAAAUCAAACGGUGCAGCGAUGGACAACGUCUCCACAACAGACUCCACUGACGUCCCCCCCACCGCUCUGAUUAAACUGGAAGUGACUCUGUCCAAUGCAACUGCUACAGAAUCUGACACGAAUUACCCAAAGAGAAAAUAA